AUCCUCGUCGUCGUAAUCCGACCUCGGCUUCGUGAUCGAUCUCGAUCCAGUUACGGGGACACGCGGCGAUCGAUCGGAUUCGCGCCGCGAAUAGCCGUGUCGCGUGCGAAAUAAUGCCUGUAAUCGGCGGGGGAGAGGCGACGCGUACGGCGUAGGAGGAACGAUCAGCAUGAGGUGUUUCGAGAGCUUCUUCAAGCACACCUGGCGACCGCAGCAGGUGCAGCAUCAGAUGGAUACUCCGUCGAAAUUCGAGCCGAAUUCAAAGAAGCCGACGGAGGUGCAUCGUCACGGUGCCGCCGGCGAGACCACGGAGCUGGACGAGGUGAAGGUUAACACGCCGAGCAGUCACGUCGCGACGUCGAUGCCGUCGACGGCGUACACCAGCGGCAGCGAUGCGGCACCCUGCAAGAACGGCGGCUGCAAAGUCUGGCGAAGCAGCUACAUCGGCGGCGGUGGGCCGCGCACCGAGAGCCCCUGGCACUCGCUCAAGACCGUCUUCCUGGUCUCCGUGAUCGUAGCUUUCUUCCUUUGGAUCAUCGUCUACACGCUGUUGGACCAGUAUCGGAUCUUGUGACCACAACCAUCCUCGAGUCUUACUUGAAAUCGUAUGCAGCGAUGGAUUCUGCGGCCUCUACGUGAUCCAUCUUCACUCAUAGUGUUGGGAUCGGAGUUGCCAGGAAUUUGGGGGAUUUUCUUUCAAAUUUUGGUUUCGUUAAUUGUUAUUGUCACGACGGAUUUGUUGGAAGAGCAACAGUACUACAAAUCCUUACAUUCCCCUAAACUUUUCUUCCUACCAACAAAUCUCGUGAUAAUAGCAAAACCCAAAUUUGAAGGAAAUCCUCCAACCUGAAAUCGAGAUCGAGUUCUGCGACGUGACUUUGUGAUCGCAAUUUAUGUGGCAUUCUGUGUCUUUUAUGUGAUCUUACAAUCGCGAUCUGCGAUCGAUACCGGGAUUUGCGGUCCACGAGCUUAGCGAGACUUUUCGUGGUUUACUUGGUUCUAUCUUGUAUUUUUUAUAUUUGCGUCACGGCGAAUUGCCUUUUAUAUUUGAGUCACGGCGUGACAAAUUGACAAAUCUGUCGAGAGACUCGAUAGGGACGGCCGAAUGCAAUUGGAGAGGACUCCUACCGGCAACUUGAGGCUCUCGCAAAUCGGAUUGUAACAUUGUAUAUUUCGUACCGUUUUAUAAAUGUUGUAUACUCCUGUAAAUAUUCGAAUAAAAUACCAACGUUGUACACAG